AUGCUCGGGGAACAAGCUUUCGCCCACGCCAUUCACAGAUUCUUGCAAGGAUCUGCAAUCCAGCGACGGUGCUUUCAAGUAGACUGGACUGGCCACGCAUCUGUUGUUACCAAGCUCAGAGUAUGGGUCGAGCGAAAUUUGGCCCCGGUCAUCGAACGAGCGCUCGGAAGAAUCACAGGCGAUGUGAGGCUACGCCUUCCCUUGAGCGAUGUGCAUCGAUUCGUGGCCCUGGCUGUCUCUAAUCUUGGCCGCUCACGGACGCUCAAUCUGUUCAACUAUAUCAAGGCCUGGCCUGCUAGCAUGGGUGCCAUAUUGGACAUUCGCGAAUACCUGGGCGCCGGGGGUCAGUCGGCCAAAGCUCACGUGUGCCACUCCUUUUCCGAGCAAAUCCAGAAGAGAUUACUUCAUGCCGGUGCGAGCACGGCGGAAGUGCUCAGCAUCUACGUCAACGUCAUUCAUGCAUUCAAGACCCUCGACUCGAGGGGCGUGCUGCUGGAGAAGGUGGCUGUGCCCAUCCGCAACUACCUGCGAGGCAGAGAGGAUACUGUGAGCAUCAUCGCUGCGAGCUUCCUUGCAAAUGUCGAUCUGGAGAACAAUGUGUCCUCUAGUGACAUGGACAAAGUUUGUCCCGACAUCACGCUGGAAGUAGCGAACUCUACCCUUGAAGAUAAUCGGGAGAACAAGAUGCUCAACUGGAACGAUAUGGAGUGGACUCCCGAUCCCAUCGACGCCGGCCCGAACUACAAGUCGUCCAAAUCAGAAGACGUCAUCGCCUACAUCCUCGGCCUGUUUGAGCAGGAAGAGUUCAUCAAAGAAGUCACAGCAGUCCUCGCGCAGCAUCUCUUACACGGCACGGACGCCGAAUUCGUCAAAGAGACUCGACUGGUCGAGCUCUUCAAAUCCCGCCUCGAUGCAUCCAAACUGCAAGCCGCUGAAGUCAUGCUUAAAGACGUGCGCGACUCCGUUAUUCUCGGCAGACGCAUCAACCCCCGUGCCGUAUACGAAAAUGCUUCGACGAGAGUACCUCCGCCGACCCCGCGAGAAAUCCAAGCCGCCAUUCCAGAAGACGGCAUCACCCUCUCCGCCCUCUUUAAAAUGUUCGAAGGCCGCAUGAAGAGCGCUCAAUUCAUUGCAGCAGUCAAGCUCGUGGCAAACAAGCGCAACGACCUCUUCUUCCCCAAACGGACCCGCGUCCCACUAGAUGCAUCCGUUCCCGCGCCCAACGGGCGGCGCGAGGGCGAAGUGGACUUCAAAGCGCAGAUUCUGUCCAGUUUCUUCUGGCCGCAGCUGCGCUCCAAUGGGUUCCUCUUACCCGCUUCUCUUUCUCAAUACUGCAAAGACUUCGAAGACCGCUUCCAUUCGCUCGGCAGUCAGCGCAGAUUACACUUUCGGCCUGCACUGGCGCGAGUAUCCCUCAAACUGGAGCUGGAAGAUCGCGUGGUGCAAGAAACCGACGUCGCGGCAUGGAGGGCAAGCGUGAUCGACCUUUUCACACGCAACGACAGCACGCAGCAAAACCACGACGAGCCCAUCCACCUCGACGUCGAAACAAUCGCCACAACCCUCAACAUGGAAUCAGACCUCGUCCACGACGCGCUCAACUUCUGGCUCGCGAAGAAAGUCCUCUACGAAGUCUCGCCCGGCACCUACGCCGUGCUCGAACGACUGGACAUGGACGUCGCCGCCUCCGCCCCGCCCCUCCCACCCCAGCAAGAAGAAGCGAUGUCAGCGGUAGUCUCGCAGGGUGCGAUGUUGAGGGAGAGCGCGGCGAUGUUCGAAGUGUUUAUUGCGAACAUGCUGCGCAAUCAGGGCGCCAAGGCGAUUGGGGGCAUGAUGGGGAUUACGAAUUUGCUCAAGAUGGUGCUGCCGGGUUUUACGUAUGGGGAUGAUGAGGUUGCGUGGUUGUUGGGGGAGAUGGAGGGGCGGGGGGAGGUGGUGAGGAAUGGGGAGUUGUGGAGUGUGGCGUGA